AAUCAUAGUUAUCUCUGCCACCAGUUCUGUUUAUUGAUGACGUGAAACUUAGUGGCGGUCCACUACAGAAGAUGUUUAGAAUGUACGCCAUCGUGAUCAGUUGAAAGACCUGAACGCUUUUCUCAAGGAUGGCACUGUGGCCCCUUCGACAUCGCGAAACGAAGUUCCCGAGCAAAGUGAUAUGGAUACAAAAGAGCAGGCUACGGUUGAUGCUAGUAAUGUGAGAGCGAAAUCUGGUCCAUUGGGAGAACUGAGUGAACAGUACGACGUCAAGGUGGUGGUUAAAUCCGAUGGUGAGAGUGAGUCAGCCACGCACAAACACGUUAGUCGCAAAGAACGACGGGGACGAUUUCAAAGCCGACAUAGGAAAGAUAGUCCAAAAAAGGAUGAUUAG